UUUCGAUCCAAAUCUUUCAGCAAAAAACCAAACUCCGAUACCCCCAUCUUGAUUGCGCGCCAGAUCCAACCUCGGAUCGCUCUCAAUCUUUCAAUUAGACGGUCAAUCUCGGAAAUACCAACAAUAGCGACUACGAAUUCCGGUUGAGGAUCCUGCAAGAUGGUGCGCAAGCUCAAGUUUCACGAGCAGAAGCUUCUGCGCAAGACAGACUUCUUCACAUACAAGCAAGACGACAACCACCGCGACAAGCUCGUCCGCAGACGGUACAUGAUCCAGAAGCCCGAGGACUACCACAAGUACAACAGAAUGUGCGGUUCCAUCCGCCAACUCGCCCACCGCCUCUCCCUCCUCCCCCCCGAAAACCCCACCCGCCGCAAACACGAAGACCUCCUCCUCGCAAAGCUCUACGACAUGGGCAUCCUCUCCUCCUCCUCCAAGCUCUCCGCCGUCGAGAAUAACGUCACCGUCAGCGCCUUUGCCCGCCGCCGCCUCCCCGUCGUCAUGACCCGCCUGCGCAUGGCCGAGACCGUCCAGGCCGCCACAAAGCUCAUCGAGCAGGGCCACGUCCGCGUCGGCGUCGACGAGAUCACAGACCCGGCCUACCUGGUGACGCGCAACAACGAGGACUUUGUCACGUGGGCUGUGGGAAGCAAGAUUAAGAAGAACAUUAUGAAGUACAGGGACGAGCUGGAUGACUUUGAGCUGUUGUAAUUCUGUUUUCUGGAGGGGGGGUUGUGCUGGGAGUGGACUUGUUUUUUUCGAAUAGACUGCGCGCAUGGGGAGAGCGUCUUGGUCGAUUGUCAUGGGGACUGGUUUGGCGUUAUGGGUUGGGCUGGAAUUUUCCUGGAUUGAGCUUCGAUCCAAUGUUUCAAGAUGGACGAAUUCUGUGUCUGGAAACGUAUUUUGUUCAUAGCAUAUUUCACUAUUGACAAAUGUGAACUUGUGAAUAUCUUCAUGGCGGGAAAGGUGUAGACUGCAUCCUGAUGCGCAUUCACAGCGAGAU